AUGAAAAGAACAACAACAUGCGUACAUACAUGUCGUGAUUGCCUUGGCACCAUAUAUCUUGGUAGAGGUCUUAUCUGGGGAAAGAAGGAAUUCCAGUACUAUGGUGCCAGGGAAACACCACUUGCAAAGGCUUACUUUCCAUCUACAAUAAAGAUGGAGAUUGAGCACAUGUGGGAAAAAUCAAUAAGCACCGUAAGGAUAGCUGGGGUUUACAGCUACAGGCAGUCGAGGGAAGCCUACAUAUUGUGCCUUACCGCCACUUCUAUCCCGAGCUUCCUCGAUCUUCACCCCUCUAUCGGGAAUUCAAAGCAGCAUCCAACCUCUUCUCACCGACAUCCUCCAUUUCUCGAUCCACUAUUGACGUUGUAG